AUGGCGUCAGUCAUACCAAUAAAGGAGAAGAAAAUCAUGGAUGUCAGAACAGAGUAGCUGCCAAGCUGAGUACUGAUGCAGGACCUCGCCCCUGAAGGCACCGUUGGAAGGUUCCAACGAGAACACGAGCAGCUACGCAAGUACCGCUGA